GAACAGUAAGAGAGGGGAUGGGGAGAGAGAAUAACAAGAGACUGACGAAAAUGAAAGAUGGUUGUUGCCUGAUGUUCAAGAUCCGCUCGAUAAGAACUAAAGAAAGAAAAGGAGAUGGGGAGAGUGAAUCGCAGCAAGAGAAAAUUAAAAUCUAUAUCGAAUUUUAAGGAUUUCUUUGAAACUACCUAACAAUAAGCAAUGCAAUGGCUACUAGCAAAUCUCUCUUGCGAAGAAAAGAACAUUGACCUUGUCAAUAUGACUCGAUUUCUAGAAUUCUAGCCUUAACCCAUUUCGGAAGCCAUUGUUAAUCACCCUUUCACACAAUACAUUCAGCAUUUUAUGGCAAUUUAUAAUAGCAUAAAAGGAUCUUUCUUUGAAUGCAAGCCUGCAAGGUGUUUGAUUGAGCACCCCUUUCCCAAAAUCCUGCUAGAUUUUUUUAUUCAAUUAUGAUCCACAGAGGGUAUCAGCUCGAGAGAAUUAGAAAGAAGGAUUAUGCAUUUACCAUAUAAAGCAUUAAAGAAGAACCAUUGAACAAUGGAGGAUAACUCAGGAGCCCCAGGAAAAAACCAUGGAACCACCAUUCGUCGGCGCUAUCUAGCCAGAGAAUUCGGUUCCAGGUUCAGGUCACCCAUUGAUCUAUCUGUCAGGCGUAGCCUUUCCCCAAAUCUCAGGCAGGCCGAAGUGGUUUCAGUCGGUGAAAAAACAUUACCUGGGGCAUUGUCAGAUCAUGUGUUGAAGCAAUUAGCAGACGUCAUCCAGAAUGCGACGGAACCACUAAGAAAACCCUCAUCUGAAAAGAAGAGAGUUUCUCUUAAGGGAAACAGUUUUGGAGAUCAAACAGAUAAUUCUAGACCUUCAGAUGCUUUUUCUGUGAAUUAUAGGAUGACAAAUCAUCAUAGACGGUCAAGCACGUCAGACGGGAAACAUUCCUCAAAAUCAAUGGAAAAAGCUAAUGGACCAGCCCAAGAUGAAUCUUCAAGACCACUACCAUUUAUUAGCAAUGAGAAACAAGGCAUUGGGUUAAACUCAGUUGAUGAUAAUUCACUAACAAUAAGGAAUGGAUCACCAACUGGAGGAAAUGUGCAAUCUUUGUCAAUGACAUCGAAUACCAGAUCAUUGAGUAGUCUACACUCUGAGCUUCUGGACAGGUGGCCAGUUAGAAUAUGUGGGAAAGCAAGUUCUGAUUCUUCAAAUCGAGGUAAAAUUGACAUGCUUUCCAGACCACUACAGAAUUUUUCGACAGAAGGUGUGAGAUUUCUUUCAGAGAGUUAUAGUUCAACAGACAGUUCAAAUUUUCAACGGUUAAAUCAGAGUAGAUGGCAAAGAACAACAGGAGAGAAAGAAAGGUUUGGUUCUUUUUCAAUAGAUUCACGGCCAUCACAAAGAGAAAAAACAUCAGAUGUAAAUCUUGGCUCUCUAUCUUGCCAUAGUUCACCAAUCAGAAUGCCUACAUUGCCUCCUUCGCCAUUGCCUGUAAGAGUUAAUCCAUCUGACAUGAAGGCUAUACCAAAUGGGGCAUCGAUCUUUUUAUCUCCAUCACGAGUAUUGUCUUUGGAUGGAGCUAUUAAACCACUCCAAAGUUCAUCUGGUGACAUGCUAUCACUAAUACUAUCAAAUGAACGUCCAGAAAGAGACUCGGGGAUUCAUUUGGUUGGUAAUAGUUCGAUGGAACUUGAAAACAGAAGAAAACUAUCACUUGAUGAUAAUUCUUUGUCCAUACUUAGGGAAAGAGCAAAGUUGGUGAAUCGUGGCACUAGAUCUCGUCCUACCUCGCCAAAUAAAGCAUCUGCACUAUAUGUAUCUAAAGAAAUCUCGUCUCAAACAAAGGCUCUAACAAGUGCUCCAUCAAGAGGAGCUAGUCCUUCUAAGGUUAGGCCAUCUAGCCCGUCGAGACUUCCCAAUCCAACUUUCAAUUUUGUGGUGAAUAUAAGGGAAAAAGAUGAAAAUCAUCAAACAGAAGAUGCUCAUCGACUUGGACUAUUACGUAAUAGAUAUUUGCAAUGGCAAUAUGCUAAUGCGAAAGCAGAUGCUGCAAUACUUGCAAAGAAUGUUAAUACACAGGAAAAGGUAUAUAAUGUAUGGAAAACUGCUUCAAAUUUGUGGCAAACAAUCAUUCAGACGAGAAUUGAGCUUCAACAGUUGAGGUUAGAGUUGAAGUUAUGGUCAAUUUUGAAUAAACAGAUGUUCUACCUCGAAAAAUGGGCUACAAUUGAAAGGAACCAUAUACGUUCAGUUCUGCGAGCUAGCCAAGAUAUGAAAGCAUGCAUUCUGCUUCUUCCCAUGACAUUAGGGGCAAAGGGUGAUGUUCAAGCUGUAAAGUCAAUUGUUUGCUCAGCUUUUGUUAUCAUGCAGCAUGUGGAAUCAUCAAUAUAUUUAAUGCUAUCGCAACUGGAGGGAACAAGCUCUCUGGUUUCGGAACUUGCUGACAUUGUGGCACAAGAGAGAGCCAAGCUUGGUGAAUUUAAAUUAUUAAUGGCUCCAAUAGCUAAAAUGCAGGUAGAAGAAUACAACCUUAGGACCUAUCUUAUGCAGUUGGGAAAAAGUUUGCAGAAGCGGUGAACUGGUGAGAUUUGAUCUUUAUGUAAAAGCCACACAAAGAUUGCAAGAAGUGUACAUGCAUGGGGAUACAAGUAUAAUUCAUGGGUGGAGAACCGGAGAUGUACAAACAGGAUGCAACUCAAGUUCGUUCGGUUUACUGAUAGUUCUGUUUUGUCUUCCGGGUCUUAGAUUAUUGUUAAUGUUUUGAUGUCUGUUUUGAUCCAUUUAGUUUCAACAUGUUUCAGUUCAGUUUGGUUUAGUGACUGACGUUUUAGAAUAGAAUUGGUUGUAGUUGUUUUGGGGCAGAUAGCAAGUCUCUUAUUCACUGGUUGUUUGAGCAAUAUGAUGGGAUACGAGUACUAAAUUUUCGUUUCCUUUUUCUUGGGCAAAGCUUAAUGUUUGUAAACAGUGCAACAAAUCUUAUUAUUGUUAUUGUUAUUGUUAUUGUUAUUGUUAUUGUUAUUGUUA